AUGGGGUAUGGGGGUGUGCAACAAAGUGCAGUGACUCUUCCUGGGCAUGAGCAGAAUCCAAGCCCAAGUCCAAAUAAGGGUAUGAAAACAAAGAUGAAGAAGAAAGAAAGGAAGAAAGAUAUGGAGGAGCUGAAGAAGGAAGUGAUCAUGGAUGAUCACAUGUUAACAUUGGAAAAUCUGAGCACCAAAUAUUCAGUGGACCUGACAAACGGCCUUACCCACCAACAGGCACAGGAAAUACUAGCGCGAGAUGGACCGAAUACACUUACCCCACCCCCCACCACUCCAGAAUGGGUCAAAUUCUGUAAACAGCUGUUCGGUGGCUUUUCCAUCCUACUGUGGAUUGGUGCCAUUCUCUGCUUCAUUGCCUAUGGCAUCCAGAUAUAUUUCAAUGAGGAACCUACCAAAGAUAAUGUGUACCUGGGCAUUGUACUAGCCAUCGUGGUCAUCAUCACUGGCUGCUUUUCCUAUUAUCAGGAGGCCAAAAGCUCCAGGAUCAUGGACUCGUUCAGGAGCAUGGUGCCAGAGCAAGCCCUGGUAAUUCGAGAUGGAGAGAAGAUGCAGAUCAAAGUACAAGAUGUGGUUGUGGGAGACCUGGUAGAAGUGAAAGGUGGAGACCGAAUCCCGGCUGACAUCCGGCUUAUCUCUGCACAAGGAUGUAAGGUAGACAAUUCCUCCUUGACCGGAGAGUCAGAGCCCCAGACCCGCACCCCCGAGUUCACCCAUGAGAACCCUCUGGAGACCCGAAACAUCUGCUUCUUCUCCACCAACUGUGUGGAAGGAACAGCUCGGGGCAUUGUGAUUGCUACAGGAGACAACACGGUGAUGGGCUGCAUUGCCUCACUGGUGUCAGGCCUGUCAGUUGGCCUGACUCCCAUUGCUAUUGAGAUUGAACACUUCAUCCGUUUAAUCACGAUGGUGGCCAUCUUCCUUGGUGUCACUUUCUUUACACUCUCGAUUAUCUUAGGCUAUCACUGGCUGGAGGCUGUCAUUUUUCUUAUUGGCAUCAUCGUGGCCAAUGUGCCUGAGGGACUGCUGGCCACUGUCACUGUGAGUCUGACCCUGACAGCCAAGCGCAUGGCACAGAAGAACUGCCUGGUGAAGAACCUGGAGGCGGUGGAGACGCUGGGCUCCACCUCCACCAUCUGCUCUGACAAGACGGGCACCCUCACCCAGAACCGCAUGACAGUCGCCCACAUGUGGUUCGACAAGACCACAUAUGAGGCCGACACCACAGAAGAUCAAUCUGGGAAUACAUUUGACAAGAACUCUCCUACCUGGCUUAUGCUAGCCCGAAUCACUGGUCUCUGUAACCGGGCUGACUUUAAGGCUAAUCAGGAGGCACUUCCCAUAGCUAAGCGAGAAACAACAGGUGACGCUUCCGAGUCAGCCCUACUCAAGUUUGUCGAGCAGUCUUAUGGCUCUGUGAAGGAGAUGAGAGAGAAAAGCCCCAAGGUGGCAGAGAUUCCCUUUAAUUCUACUAACAAGUACCAGAUGUCUAUCCACCUUCAGGAGGACAGCACUCAGACCCAUGUACUGAUGAUGAAAGGGGCUCCUGAGAAGAUCUUGGACUUGUGCUCUACUUUCCUUCUGAAUGGGCAGGAGUACCCAAUGGAUGAUGAAAUGAAGAAUAACUUCCAAAAUGCCUACUUGGAACUGGGAGGCCUGGGGGAACGUGUGCUAGGGUUCUGCUACUUGAAUCUGCCUAGCAACUACUCCAAGGGUUAUGAAUUUAAUGUAGAGGAAAUGAAUUUUCCCAUGAAGGACCUUUGUUUUGUGGGGCUCAUAUCCAUGAUCGACCCUCCCCGAGCUGCAGUGCCUGAUGCUGUGAGCAAGUGUCGUACUGCAGGGAUUAAGGUGAUCAUGGUAACAGGAGAUCAUCCCAUUACAGCCAAGGCCAUUGCCAAGGGUGUGGGCAUAAUCUCAGAAAACUCUGAAACAGCAGAGGACAUUGCUACCCGGCUUAACAUCCCUCUCAGCGAGGUCGAUCCCAGGGAUGUCAAAGCCAUUGUGGUGCAUGGCUCAGAACUGAAAGAUAUGUCACCAGAGAAGCUUGAUGAGAUCCCUCAAAACCCACUCAGAGAUUGUGUUGCUCGGACCUCCCCUCAGCAGAAGCUCAUCAUUGUAGAGGGGUGUCAGAGGCAGGGAGCCAUCGUGGCAGUGACAGGAGAUGGGGUGAAUGACUCCCCCGCGCUGAAGAAGGCAGACAUUGGCAUUGCCAUGGGCAUCACCGGCUCUGACGUCUCCAAGCAGGCGGCCGACAUGAUCCUGCUGGAUGACAACUUUGCUUCCAUCGUCACGGGUGUGGAGGAGGGCCGCCUCAUCUUCGACAACCUGAAGAAAUCCAUCGCCUACACCCUGACCAGCAAUAUCCCUGAGAUCACCCCCUUUCUGCUGUUCAUGAUCCUCAGUAUCCCUCUGCCUCUCGGGACCAUAACCAUCCUCUGCAUUGAUCUGGGCACUGACAUGGUCCCUGCUAUCUCUCUGGCUUAUGAAUCAGCUGAAAGUGACAUGAUGAAGAGGGCUCCACGGAAUCCAAAGACUGAUAAUCUGGUGAACAACCGUUUAAUCGGCAUGGCCUAUGGACAGAUUGGAAUGAUCCAGGCUCUGGCUGGAUUCUUCACCUACUUUGUGAUUCUGGCUGAAAAUGGUUUUAAACCUGUUGAUCUGCUGGGCAUGCGCCUGGACUGGGAUGAUCGAUUCUUGAAUGACCUGGAAGACAGCUAUGGGCAGCAGUGGACCUACGAGCAGCGGAAGGUGGUGGAGUUCACGUGCCACACGGCCUUCUUUGCCAGCAUCGUGGUUGUGCAGUGGGCUGACCUCAUCAUCUGCAAGACCCGCCGCAACUCAGUCUUCCAGCAGGGCAUGAAAAACAAAGUCCCGAUAUUUGGGAUCCUGGAAGAGUCAGUCCUGGCUGCUUUUCUGUCCUACACUCCCGGCAUGGACAAGACCCUGCGAAUGUACCCACUCAAGAUUUACUGGUGGUUCUGCGCCAUGCCUUUCAGCAUUCUUAUCUUUGUUUACGAUGAAACCAGAAAGCUCAUCAUCCGUCACCGGCCAGGAGGUUGGCUGGAGAAGGAGACAUACUACUAA